AUGGAGGAUUGUAACAACAGAGGAGAAGUUCAUGCAAAUUUUACAAGACAGGCUUCAUCAAUGUUAGGUAGUAGCUUGGAGCCUACGUUAUGUGGAAGAUCAACUCCACAACAUUCUCCUUCAUUUCAGGGAUUACAUUCUAGCUUAACACCAAGAAGAGAAAGCAAAGGUAGUGUUGUUAAUGGAGCACAGUGGUUUUGGAGCAACCGGUUACUGUUGUGGCUGUUUCUGAUUACCCUCUGGGCUUAUCUUGGAUUUUUUGUUCAGUCCAGGUGGGUACAUGGUGUUAAGGAGGAUGAAUUUUCAGGCUUUGGAAACAGGCAAAGAGGUACAAACUCAGAUUCUGAACACAGUCAGCAUCAAGAUUUGAUUGCCCAAAAAAAUUCCUUGUCUUUUAAUAAUGAAACAGUUGGAAACAAUGUUGGGAUUGGUAACACAAUGAAUGUGGCUUUGGCCAAGAAAGAAAAUGGUGUUACAAAUCAACGUAAAACGAGUUUAAUGAAGAGGAGGAGAAAACGAUCAAUGCAUGCUUUGAGAGGUAAGGCACGUGGUAAGCAUAAACAAAAGAGGAUAGUUGAGAACAGUGGUAUAGAGGAGCAGGAACAAGAAAUUCCUCAAAGGAAUGCUACCUAUGGGUUCCUUGUUGGUCCAUUUGGUUCAAUAGAGGAUAGAAUUCUGCAAUGGAGUCCUGAGAAGCAUUCUGGAAGGUGUAACAGAAAUGAGGAUUUUGCACACCUUGUUUGGUCCAGGAGGUUUAUGUUGAUAUUUCAUGAGCUUUCAAUGAUGGAGUUGGCAACCGAACUCUUGAGUUGUGGGGCUACUGUUUCAGCUGUUGUGCUUAGCAAGAAGGGUGGUUUGAUGCAAGAGCUUGCAAGGAGACAAAUCAAGGUGCUUGAAGACAAAGCAAAUCUCAGCUUCAAAACUGCAAUGAAGGCAGAUCUUGUCAUUGCUGGAUCAGCUGUCUGUGCAUCAUGGAUUGAGCAAUAUAUUGAACAUUUCCCUACUGGUGCAAGUCAAGUUGCUUGGUGGAUUAUGGAAAACCGAAGAGAGUACUUUGAUCGUUCAAAGGAUGUCUUGCAGAGAGUAAAAAUGUUGGUUUUUCUUUCUGAAUCUCAAUCUAAGCAAUGGCAAAAAUGGUGUAACGAAGAAAGCAUAAGACUGAAAUCCCAGCCUGCAGUUAUUCCAUUGUCUGUUAAUGAUGAACUAGCUUUUGUAGCUGGCAUUCCUUCUACACUUAAUACUCCAUCAUUCAGUGCUGAGAAAAUGGAUGAGAAGAGGAAGUUGUUGCGAGAUUCGGUUCGAAGAGAAAUGGGGUUGACUGAUAAUGAUAUGCUUGUGAUAUCUCUGAGUAGCAUCAACCGUGGAAAGGGUCAGCUAUUGCUUCUUGAAUCAGCAAGCUCAAUAGUAGAAAAUGUACCAUUGCAAAAAAAUAACAAAAUGAAAAAGGCAUCAGAUGUUGGAGAAUCCCUAUCUACACAGGCUAGCAAACAUCAUAUUAGAAAAUUAAGAAGAAGGAAAGUAUUGUCCCACAACAAUGGAACAAUGGAACAAUCUCUCAAAAUUCUCAUUGGUUCUGUGGGAUCUAAGAGUAACAAGGUGGAUUAUUUUAAAGGUCUUCUAAAUUUCUUAGCACAGCAUUCAAACUUGUCAAAGUCAGUUUUGUGGACUCCAGCCACAACACGUGUUGCCUCACUUUACUCUGCUGCAGAUGUUUAUGUCAUAAACUCUCAGGGAUUGGGAGAAACAUUUGGACGGGUGACUAUAGAAGCGAUGGCAUUUGGUCUUCCGGUGCUUGGAACAGAUGCUGGGGGAACACAAGAGAUUGUUGAGCAUAAUGUGACAGGUCUUCUUCAUCCUAUUGGACGUCCAGGGAAUCAUUUUCUUGCACAAAAUCUCAUGUUUUUACUUGAAAACCCAUUGGAAAGAGAGCAAAUGGGAAUGUAUGGAAGAAAGAAAGUGCUGAGGAUGUACUUGAAGCAGCACAUGUAUACGAAUUUUGUACAGGUUCUUGUUAGGUGCAUGAGAAGCAAAUAA